ACGGGCGCACAAUCACUGGCGGACAUGAACGGAGAUGGCCGAUCAAAUGAUUACGGAUCACAAAGGGGCCUCGACAGUCGCACUAUAUGCGCAGAAGCAGAUAUUGAUCGUGAAAUUAUAAAAACAAUACGCCUAAGUUCCGCUUUGGUGUUUUCACCAAUAAUGGAUAUUUUCGAGUGGGUCGAAUGUGAUAUUUGUGGAAAGUGUAUAAAUGUUUUAAUGUAGUGUAAUGAUAUAGGAAGAGCAUAGUUAUUAUACUAUACGGUUAUAUAGGGAAUAAUAAUAAGGAGUAUUGUGCUAGAAAUACGCAACGACGUAAGGGGUGGCUCGCGGACUUCUAUGAACAUGACCUAGUGCCCCAUGACAACGGCACACCCAUACUCACGCCAUAAUCGCUCGCCGACCUGACACGCACAAACACAUGUCUACAAUGUUGCCGCGCUGGUUGCUAGUAUGCUGCGUGGUGCUGUGCGCGCGGCCGGCAUACCCGCAGGGCGCGCAGCAGUGUCCCGCAGCCAACACCAUCACCCCUUGCAGUUGUACCGUGAAAAAGAACGGCCUCGACAUAUUAUGCGAGUUCACCGAACAACAACACAUACAAAAGGCAAUGAAUACACUGCGUUCAAAGCCAAUGAUAAUAUUUUAUCUGAAGUUGAGGCACAACAAUCUCGCCAAGCUACCAUCUUACAUAUUCCUGGGUUUGGACAUUCGACACUUGACAGUACACAACAGUAGUCUUGCUGUCAUAGAAGAUUCCUCACUCAGUUCUAUUGGUAAUAAAUUAACGCAACUUGACGUAUCGCAAAACAGUUUGGCGACAAUACCUACGUCUUCGUUCACUCACCUGAACCACCUCCUCAUACUCAACAUGAACCAUAACAAGGUAACUGCAGUGCAUAACAGAGCUUUUAUGGGCCUAGAUACAUUGGAGAUCUUGACUCUGUACGAGAAUAGAAUAUCUGUUGUUGACGGUGAAGCUUUCAAAGGGCUGGAAAAGAAGUUGAAACGUUUAAAUCUUGGCGGAAACGAUCUGACGGCUGUUCCGCAGAAGGCGUUGGCUCUGCUUGAGAACUUGAAAAAACUCGAAAUGCAAGAAAAUCGCAUCGCAUCUAUUUCAGCGGGAGAUUUUGCAGGUCUUCGUAACCUAGAUUCGCUAGGUUUAGCACAUAAUCAGUUACGUGAAGUACCAGCUGAGGUAUUUUCACAUUUGGUAUUCCUCAACUCGUUAGAAUUAGAAGGUAAUCAAAUCCAACGGAUUGAUGAGAAGGCUUUCGCUGGACUUGAAGAAAACCUGCAAUAUCUCCGUUUGGGCGACAACCGCUUGCAUGAGAUUCCGUCAGAGGCUCUUCGCCCGCUGCACCGUCUGCGCCAUUUGGACCUACGCUCCAACAACAUCACUUACAUUAACGAGGAUGCUUUCACUGGAUAUGGUGACUCCAUCACGUUCCUCAAUUUGCAGAAGAAUAUGAUACAUCAGCUGCCGACGAUGGGCUUCGACAACCUCAACUCUCUAGAAACGUUGAACUUGCAAAACAACAGGCUUCAGCAUAUACCUGAAGAGAUAAUGGAGCCCAUAUUGGAUACGUUACGCGUAGUUGAUAUAAUGGAUAAUCCGUUAAUAUGUGACUGUGAGCUUGCGUGGUACGAAGCGUGGUUGGCUGGCCUUCGGGACAGAGACGAUGAGAUGAUGCAGAAGAAACGCACCGUUUGCACUAUGGUCAGCGAGCACCGAGAGUACAGCGUCUCCAAGAUGCCUCUAGAGAAAAUGAACUGCAAAAGGAAACCGCCGUACGGGCGUACCUCCGGCGCCACUUCUAAUUACCCCACCAUUGUGAUGAACAGUCUUCUUAUCCUUAUCACCAGGUGGCUCUAGAUUGUAUCCUUUACCCUAAGUUACCCCUACUUCGUUAAGUGAAGACUCACACUCGAAUCAACUGUGGCCGGAUGGUUCGACGCGAUGCUUCGCAGGUAAGUUAUGUUUUAAACUUGGUAACGUGAUGAAUUUGUGCAAUAAAAUACGAUACAUAUCAAUUUUGGGCUGAUUAAAACAAAAUUAGUUGUAUUAUGGAGCGGUAGCUUGAUAAGUAAAGAUGGCGGUGUAAUAUCGAGUAAGUUAGUGAUACAGUAUUUUUACGAGUUAGACGACCUCUUACGGUAUGCCUUACUAUAGUGUAAUGUACCAAGAAGUAGGUAACAGCAAAUACUUGACACCAGUAUGGCAUUAUAGUAAUAAUAGGUAUCACUGGAAAAAUAUUUCUUAUUGAAAAAAUUGUACUGAACUCCACCUUCUUCGGAGGUAAACUAUAGAGUAUUGAACUCAUCUUGAUAAUUGUGAUUUUCACGAACGAGCUAUAAAAACAAUCUUGAGCACAAUUUUUAGUUACAUAUUUAUAAAGCCCUUGAUAAUAAAAUUUCAAUAUUUUUUUAUCAUUUACCCCUGCCUUUACUAUGAUAAUUAAAUAAGCUUUUACGCAUUUACGAUGUUGACUAUUAAAGUAUUGUAUUUAUCUUGUAAGGAACGAGACGUUUUUAUGCUAUAUUUAUGUACGAUUUAUACCCAUCUAUUCAUGAAUUUCCAGCGAUUCUUUCAAUAGUAAGAAUAUAAUGUUUAUAAUGUUGUUACAUUAUGUUGAUUAAGAAAUAUAUUUUAAAAAGAAAUAUAUUCAAUUUGCCUAAAAUAAAGUAACAAACACAUGGGACUUUAUUAAGCAAGCUUGUUUGUUAUUGUUCUUAUUUUUGAGAAAUAAGUUAUCUUUAAGUGCGAAUUAUUCCAAAUUUUACAUCUAGAAACCUUUUAAUGUUCGAUUUGAUGUAGUUUAGACGUAGAUAGAUUAUAAGUGUUAGAUAAAAUUUGUCGAAUUACAUGCUGUUAAUAUGUUGACACUACGUAGACUUCUUGAAUAAUAUAUGAACAAAAAUAUUAUUCCAUCUUUAUAACGCGUCGGAAAAUGUUAAGUGUUAAUAUUUUAUUAUUCCAUAAUAAGUUAUUGAAAUGAAUAACAUCGCUUUGUUAGGGAAUAAUUUUGUUUAUAGCUUUAUUAAUUUCGUAGGUGAAAUACACUGUAAUUAUACUUGCUGUAAAAGUUUUAUCAAUAUUAAGUAGUCGGUAAUAAAUGUGACUUUAGACGUCGUUUGCUAACGAUGUUACUUUGCGAAUUAAAGUCCUUCAGAGAACGUCAUGUCACAGUACAUACAUUUAAAUUUUAUUAGUACAGUCAGCGUCUCAUUUAAUGGUAACAAUAAAUGGGUAUGAAGUCAUUAUGAAAUCCACGUCUAAAUAGGGACGUUAGAGAGCCCGCAAUUCAUUAAAAUAAUAUAUUAUUUUAUAACAAUCUGUUAUUAUACUUUAAUAUUAUUAUAUAAUUCUAUAUUUUACCCGCUUGUGAGAAUUUCGUCCUCAACUCUGACAUUAACGAGUAUUUCGGAAAAAAAAAUUUGUACAGCAAAAAUAGCAGAUGUAGAUACGCAUUUAAGGGCGUCACGCAACCGUGCUCAACAUAAACUGAUUUCCGAAGGGCUUUGGCAAUAUUACUUACGGUAAGAACAUGAUGAAUAGUGGUAUUUCGUAGGUACUUACUUUUGUAAGCCAAUUUUUUCGUCAGUCACAGGGAUAACUUUAUAUGAUACAAUUUGCCAGCAUUCGUUUCAUCCUCUGGAUUUUAUAAGAGAUGAUUAGGGAAUGAAAUUGAAGUAAGUACACCAGUAUAAGAGAAGUAAUAUUCAAUAUGAAACCACAUUACAAGCCAUUUGGCUGGCAUAUUAUUAAUAGUAAUUUCAUCUCAUAGAGUGAGACCAAUGUAAAACUGUAGGAUAUUCAUGGGAUGUUAUGAUUAUGGUUUACAAAUCCAACUUUUGUAAAAUAGAGGCCAUUGUUUUAAAAUAUAAAUGUAUUAAAGGUUGCAGAUAACAAUUUAAAUCUACAUCCUAUCAAAUUGCCACGUAUACGAAAUUCACUUAAUGUUAAGUUGGUGAUAGAGAAAACGCAGUAAUCCUUGAAAUACCAAGAAAUCAACUUACGUGUCUGUGUUUUAUAUAAUAUGAAAUCUCUUAAUAUUUCAUAGUCUCAAUAUUAUUAGGUUAUGUAUUUUUCUUGUAUAAAUAAGUUAUACUAUUGUGAGCUAUUGAGUAGACAGAUUUUGUUAGUUUUUACUAUAAUUUCAUUUAAAAACGUAUAUACAAUAUUAAUAUCUAUCCUAAUCUGAUGCUGACUGUAUGUAUUUGAUGUUAUGUCUCUUAAUUACCAGAGCUAUAUAAAUUAUGAAAUGAGUUGAUCUAAGUAUGACAUUGGCGAGUCUCCUAUGACAUAAUAUUAUUAUAAAAAUAGUUUUUAUUGUACAAUUAUAUUUAUUUUAUUAUUGGACAAUCUGAAAUGUACCUAUGGUUGAUAGGCGUUCACAGUAAAAUUUUAAUGAAUCAAAAUGUGUGUACUUUGAACGUUAUCAAGUGAUAAUAUUGUAAACAAAAACAUAUCCCUUAGCCUGAAUUAUAGAAAUUUAAGAAUAUUAAAAUAUGUAUACAAAAAAAAUUGAAAACAAAUAAAGCUUAGGUGAUGUGAUAUAGUGGAGGAUUUUGUCGUGUUUGCUACGACGACUUUAUUUUACCCCUCGUAUGAACAUAGUUUGUAUGAAUGUUUGCUAUAAUAACUAAAAAAAAAAGUUAGAUUAUGUAUGUAAGACGCGAGAUAGAAUACCCAUGUGUUCUAUUUACAUACAUAUCUAUAUUUGCCAAUGUAAUCAUAAAAUGGAUUGUCAUUCAUUGUUGCACCGUAAAUCAGUAGUAGUUGCACUAUCUAUGUUUAAAUAUAAUUAUAUGUAAUGCACAUUUAUUGUACGUAAAUGUUAUGAAAUGUAACAUUGUAGUAUUCUGUAUUUAAUUGUAAAAAUCGGAGUCGCAAAACCUGAUAACAUAGGGAUUAUACUCAUACCCAUGCCGUCUUAUACUCACGGUAUAUACUCAAGUAUUAUAUUGGAGUUACAUGUUAUUUCAUUAUACUCAUGUAUUGUCUAUAAUUGGUGUUAUAUGUCGUGUUAUGUCAAUAUACGUAUUUACUAUUUCACUUUUACGGUAUAUAAACUGACGCAAGUUAAAAUUAAGGCUGCCAAGUGAAAUUUUCUUUGAAAUACAGUAGAUAUAUCUAUACAUUUUUAGAAUAAUAUAGACUAUAUGUAUACAUAUUAUUAUUAUUAUACAUUCAUAUUAUUAUAUCAAUAUAUCUAUUGAAAGCAAUGAAGCAUUAUGGGAACCAGUACCAAACAUAUCUGGUUGAUGUUGUGCGUUUUAUAAAAGCGUUGCACUUUGAACCAAUGAUCAUGCAUAUCAAUUAGUAUUAAGUCACUCUAAUAUAACUUUUAUCUCUAUUGUGUGUUAUUGUAUAAUCUUAUACAUUUACUGUUAUAACAUUAUUCAUUGUUGUAUGUAUGGAGGCUUGUAAGAUACUGUGUUCAUUGUAAUCCAUCACGUAAGCUAGGCUGUCACUUUGUGCAUGAUUUGUCAUUAUGACAAUUUCAACACUCUUAUAAAGUGGUGUGUUUUAAUAGUGAUAUAUCUAUAGACUAUAGAUGCAUCACAUUUGUUAUUCUGAUAAUAAUUCUGCGGAAAUCAUAAAGUACAUACAUCCACAUUAAAAUUAAUUAUAGACUUGAUAACAGCGAUAUAAUUGUCAUAAUGACAAAUACCACCCAUACGUGUUAGCUUUUAAUGUUUUAACUAAGACAUCUAAGCAACAUAGUAAGAUACUUGUGACAGUUUUACAGCAAUAAUAACUUACGAGCUGACGAUGGCAGUUUAUUAUAUUGACUGUAAUAAUUCGAAUCGGGAGAUUUGUAUUGCGUAGAGACAAUUCUAAAAUUGUAUGUCGAACGUUACUGUUGCAAUCUGUGGUGUAUUCGAGUUUAUAGUCACAUUUAUUAUUUAACAGUAAUUGUAGGUAAUCUAACUCUAAUAUUGAAAAUUUACUGUAAAGAUGUAUUUAUUUAAUUUCGGUUUAAAUAAAAUUUAAAUAUAAUUCA